UGCCGCUCCGCAGAGCCUCCGAAUCGAUACCGCGCGCGUCACGUGCCGCGAGCGCGACCAAUCGCCGCCGCCCCCCGCGGGGCGCUCCGCGGCCCUCAGUGCACGCCAGACCGCCGCGCGAGACGGACGCACGCCGCGCGCCGCAACCACACGAAACCGGUCCGAUGCGUGACAUGUUAUAGUGCGAUGAGUGCGUGGACGGAGGACGCGCUCUCGUGGCGCGACGAGCGGCUCAGCCUGACCGAGCUUCCGAGCACGGCGCGCAGGAAACAGCGCAGCGCGCCCUACCGCCUGCACCGGCCGCAUCUGCCCGCGCCGCACGUGCCCGAGUCGCCGCCGGAGCCGCAGGGCACCCACAUCUCCCGGCUCUACCCCGAGCUGCUGGCCUUAAUCUUCGAGCGGCUGCCGGUCCGGGACCGCGGCCGCGCUGCACAAGUCUGCCGCGCGUGGAGAGAUGCCGCCGACAGAAGAUCCGUCUGGAGAGGAGUCGAGGCGGCGCUGCAUCUCCGGAGACCGGCGCCGGUGCUGUUCGCGUCGCUCGCCAGGCGAGGCGUGCGCAAGCUGCAGGUGCUCUCCCUCCGGAGGGGCCUCCGGGACGCGGUCGCCGCGCUUCCCGGACUGGAGUCGUUGUCGCUCAGUGGAUGCUACAGUGUCACCGAUGCGGCUCUCGCCAGUGCGUUCGCGGCGGAACUGCCGGCUCUAAAAAGACUAGACUUAUCGUUGUGUAAACAAGUUACGGAUUCCUCGCUCGGUAGAAUAGCGCAGUCGCUCAAAAACUUGGAGGAACUCGAGUUGGGAGGUUGUUGCAAUAUCACAGACACUGGACUGUUGUUAAUAGCGUGGGGGUUGAAAAAACUGCGUCGAUUAAACUUGAGGUCGUGUUGGCAUGUGAAUGAUGCGGGGAUAGCGCACCUCUGCGGCGGAGGUGAGGCGCGAGGGACGCCGGACCUGGAGCAUUUGGGUCUGCAGGACUGCCAAAGGCUAACGGACGAGGCAUUGAAGCACGCCGCGACGGGUCUUCCAAAUCUGAAAUCCAUCAACCUCUCCUUCUGCGUGGUGACGGACGCGGGCCUGAGGCACCUGGCUCGGCUGCCGCACUUGGAGGAUGUCAAUUUGCGAGCGUGCGACGGGGUGUCGGACGCGGGGGUGGCGCACCUGGCGGAGAGCGGGCGUCUCAGGGCGCUGGACGUGUCGUUCUGUGAUAAGGUGGGCGACGAGGCGCUGUCGCACGCCACGCUGGGGCUGUCGGGCCUGCGCUCGCUGUCGCUGAGCGCGUGCCGGCUGACGGACGAGGGGCUGGAGCGCGUGGCGCGGCUGUCGCAGCUGGAGACGCUGAACAUCGGGCAGUGCACGCGCGUGACGGACCGCGGGCUGCGCGCGCUGGGCGACGGGCUGCUCAACCUGAAGGCCAUCGACCUGUACGGCUGCACGUGCAUCACGCCGCAGGGCCUGGACCACAUCGUCAAGCUGCCGCGCCUCAGCGUGCUCAACCUCGGCCUGUGGCAUGUGCGGUGACCACGCUCGCGCUAGUGUAGUGCUGUGUGAGUGCGACGGCCGUCCGUGAGGAGCCGCCAAGGUUGUAUACUGGACUGUGGAUAAAGAAUUAACCAAUUUUAUGACAUUAUCGAAUUAAUUGUUAGGAAGUGGGGUCGCUUUCUUUUACGUGUUUCUGUUUUGGCCAGUUCCGUUGAAGUUGUGUUUGUAUUAAGUUUGAAGUUCGAAAUUCGGUUACGUUUCGUUUGUUUCUGAAGAAAGUCGCCCCAGCGCCUAGUCGUGAUAUUGAGCCAGAUCUUCUUGAAGACGCCAUUUAUUGUAGUGUACUUGAAAUGAUAAUAAUUUGUUUACUCGCUCCAUUAUGCGAUGACGCAAACGGCGAGCCGUCUGACUAUGCAAGUGUUACUAAUUCAGGAAGAUCUGGUUGUUCAAUAUAAUUGCUCCAUUAGUUAGAUAGACAUUUAGCCAUUCUUCAAAUUAAAAUUGUUAUGGUUCGACCUUACGCACAACUAGGGAACUAACAACGUUGCUAUAUUAGGUUAUUUCAAUUGUUUUUGUGGCAAAUGUUUGGGAGAUAAACUGUACAUUUUGUAUUUACUAAACAAAGGCUCUGUAUGAGUAAUAAAAUACGUAAUAUAAUAGGGACGAAUACCGUUAAUGCUUCUUGUAAAGGGAAAAAGCGGCUUAUCUUGAACUGUCGUAAAACCACUAUCGUAUUUUGUAAGGAAAUUUUACCGUUAUCCCUACAGCUUUUUAUAAAUUCAAAGCAUGGGAUUAAACAAUAGUGUACACAGAACAAUACAAUUACUAUUCAAAAGACCAAUAAGGUUUUCUUUACUUGGUAAAUAAUACUCAAUUAUGUUAUAACGGAUUUUUAUAAAUAAAUGGGAAAUCCGGGUAGUUUAAAGAAUAUGUUUUAAAACAAGCGGAUUUAUGAUAUUAAUUAAGUUACUAGCUAUCCAGAGAGCAAAAUUUUUCCUACUGCAAUAAUUUCUGCUAUUCCGCCUCCAACAGAUUAUUAUAUAAAGACGUACAUUAUUCGUAUAAAUAAAUGUGACGCAAUAUAAAGCUGACGUUGAUUUAUUCGACCCAUUUAUUAUCUUAGCACUGUAUAUAAUCAACGAUUUUCUCGUAAUAAAUUACAACAAAUGCCUUGACACACUUGCGUCCGGACAAAACUUGGAAAGUUAGAGAUACCAACGUUUUGCCGUGCUACAUUAGCUGUGCAACGAGGAAAGCAACUGUAAGUUUAAGUUAAAAAAUGUCUUCCAAGUAUAUAAAAAUUACUACCAAACGAAAAGUGAAAUGUAGAAUACUCAAACGAUACUUAAACAUUAUCGGUACGCGUAUAAGUCCAUUUGCCAUAGGUUUAGACAAUUAUUAUAUUGAUAAUCAUAAAUUGCUUAUUAAUUAUAAAUAAGUUUACUACAAUUGUAAUUUGACAGUAUCCUUUUUGUGGAUCUAAAAUGUAUUUCUUGCACAAGUUGUUACUGAAAACGAAAAAACCGAAUCAGAACAAGUUGAGUUGUUGGUGGAUUCGCGUAACUCAAAAGAUUUCGCUUUUUUUAGAUUUGUUUUUCUAUUGUGUCCGCUGAAACGCGUGUCGGCGUGCGAAGUAAAUUCCAAAAUAAAAUCCAAAUGUACUUCCAUUUUAUUAGAAAGUACAACUUAUUUGUUUGAAAAAGAAACUGUAUACUCGAAUCCAAUUGUUGAUUGAAUUUGCUUUAGGAAAUUGUCUUGGCUUAUGAAUGUUUUUCUUUUACCAACUUAUUAAACUUUUUGAUACAUUUACAUUUAUAAAUUAUCUCCCAAAGUCCACGAUCUCGUUCAUACGUAAUUUUUGAUAUUAUAUUAAGUUAUUAACUUCAAUUAUUGUGAUGUCUGCGUAAGGUCGAAUUAGUAACAAGGAAUACGUUGUAUACUUCAUCGAUACGUUGUUUUUGUACAAACAAAUGUAAUAUAGGAGAAAUGUAUUAAAAGUCAUGGUUUAAGUUACAAAUUA